UCUUCAUAGCAUGAAAUUGUAUUUAAUCUUAUUUCCAAUCGUGACCCGUGUAAUAUCUGAUGAUUUGGAGAAAAUAAAAUACUGUGCCGAUCUGUCGUGCACUGAAUAUGGUUCUGGAAAAGUUUGCGGGGUAAGAGAGGACGAAAGAGGUGUUCGGUUAAAGAUAUUCAAGAAUGAAUGCGAAUUGUUGAAGUAUGGAUGCAGCGUUGAUGAAAGCGAUGCAUUUGGACUGAUCAGUAUGAAGCAUUGUUUACAAAAUGCAGAUAAUAUUACAGACGGUGACGAAUUCAACAUAAAUAAACUUAAUAUUCGCAGUAAUGUCUAUAAUGUAUACAACAAUUGUGAAGAAAAUUGUAAUAAUAAUGAAAAUAAUGAAGUUUGUGGUAUAACAGAAGAUGGAGAAGGUUAUAGAGUUCGAUUAUUCUACAACAAAUGCGAACUGGAUAAAUAUAAUUGCAAUAAUAUUAAUUUUUUUACACAAACAGACCAUUUUAUAUGUAGCCCAACUAAUCAUACAAAUAAUUUAAAUGAUAGCACCAAGAAAUAUAACGAAAUAAUAGAUGGCUAUGAUGACGAUUUAGUACAACAGCUUGCAAAAUUUAAGAAUUUAGUCGUCGUGAAAAGUGGUUUUUUAAAUGGCAAUAACAAUGUAAAUGAUACAAUUGAUAACUUUUUUGCUGCUACACACGUUUUCGAUUUGCCCGUUGAAGAGGUGAAUGCUCCAGAAAGACGCAUGCUCAUAAAACAUGCCGGGCCGAUCCACGUGUUUAAGCCUUGGAUUGAAAUACCGAAAAAGAAAUAUAAUGAUACAAUUCAUCGACCUACACUAUCUACUUGCUACCACAAAUGUCCGUUUAAAUGCCCUGAUACAUAUGCUCCUGUUUGUGGCGUGCCCGGAAUUGUGGCCAGAGAGCCAUCACUUAUGUUUCAAAACCAUUGCUUCAUGGAUGUCGCGCAAUGUAAGAUGUUCUGGGAGGAUAAGAGCAGCACUUCACACAGUUCAUCGUACAUAGAGUCAUCCUUUCUCUUCUGCUUGGGAGACGCUAUGAAUGCCAUGUUCCGGUUUCUACCAGCCAUACGGACGCUGCAGAGAAUGGGUCGGCUGAAGAAGAAGGGUGUGUUUCAUGCGAAGAUAAACAACUUCCGAUUCUUUAGUAACCAUGGCUUUGGUGCAGGACGACCCAAGUUUAUGGGCUGAUUGAAUUAUUGUCUGAUUAAAAUAUGUUCUUAUAA